AUGAAGGCAUCUAUUCUGCUUCUUGCUGUCUCCGCUGGCGCUGCCCUGGCCCAGCCUACCUCCUUCGAUAAGCGCGACGGCGUGUGCCCAAACGCUGAUUACAGUGUUGCUCUAUGCUGUACUACCGGCAUUUUAUCGUUCGGACAGGUGGACUGCAAAACCCCUCCGAGUACAAAGGACAUUUCUGAUUUCAAGAGCAGCUGCAGCGCCAGCGCCGACGGCAGCGAGGCUCAGUGCUGUGAUAAAAGUGAUCCCUUCCACCUUGAUGAGUGUAUCGACGCCUAA